CCCAGUUCCACACCCCAAACCAAGAAUCCGAACCAGUUCAAACAAUAAAGCCAAGAAACACGGCAAGAAAAUCAAAAUGCCAUUCAAGAUCCUCCUCAAGGCAACUCGCCUUCCAGAAACCUCCCCCUCCACAUUCAAAUCCCGUCUAGAAGCGCACAUCGAACUAGUCAAGUGUCUUACGGGUCCUGAUUUUCCCCUCUCCCAUCGACGAAUCUAUAUUGAUCGUCCUACUGCUCCGUCUUCAGAGGGAACAUAUCCUACCACCGUACUACUCGGACAACAGAGUGAUUUCUCAUUCGACGUGAUAGCGGAAUUGACAUUCGAGGACAAGGCUGCAUUCGAGCGGUUUCAGGCGAAAGUGGGAGAGCCGGAGAUUGCGAGAGCAAUUCAGGAGGAUGAGCAUGGAUGGUCGGAUCGGGGGAAGUUGGGGAUUGUGGUGUUGGGGGAGGUGAGGGAGACGAAGAGGUGAUUUCAAUGUUGAUUUUUUUGGUUGAUGUUCAUGAUGAUCAACUCUUACAGAGAUGGGGAUGAUGUGGGGUUGGUUUUGCACGUUUGAGAAUCGAGGCAGAUCAAUUGGACGUUAUUGAGUAUGUGUGAGACUUUGCAUAUUGUAGUAGAAGUUUUAUUGCCUAUCACAUCUACUAUUACCUACUAAAUGACCAUUCUAUG